AUGAUUGCGGAGUGGACGGAUGAGGAGUUCACUGCCGAGACGCUCGCUUCGUUCCCAGACAAGGCCAUUGCCACGGUGGAGGAGGCGCGGUGCCUGAUCGAGCGGGGCGACUACACAUACCUGGAUGUGCGGCCAGCGCUGGAGCUGGACGCGGUGGGCAAGUUCAAGGGGUGCGUCAACAUCCCCGUUGUGAAUGCCACCUGGAAGUGGGAUGCGGAGCAGGGCAAGAAGGUGGCGGAGAAGGAGGACAACCUGGACUUCAUCGCGCAGAUCGAGAAGCGGUUCCCCGACAAGGAUGCGGGCCUGGUCGUCGGCUGCUCCGAUGGCCGCACGUACUCCAUCGAUGCGCUGGAGCUGCUGGAUGAGGCGGGCUACUGGAACCUGGUCGGGCUCAAGGGCGGCUUCAACUCCUGGUUCCGCGUCUUUGACAACAAGGGCAACAGGCGGCGCACGGGCGAGUACGCUGAGGAGUACAGCCACGACGGCGACUCCUGCGGCAUCCACUCCUCGGGCGCCGGCUUCGACAAGGUGGACAAGGUCGACCGCUGGGUGCCGCCCACCUUUUGA